GAAAUUGUUUUUAGUGUCCUGUUUACAUCUGUAAUAUCUCAAAAGGCAAAACUUGAUUUUCUAAUUCAUAGAAAAAGCUUUAGAAGCUGUUCAAGGGCUGCCAUAGGUGAUUUUGGUGUGGACAAGCUACAGGGACAACAUCUGGUGUCCUAGAUUCAUCCCAAAAGUGUCAAAUACACUGCAGUGCAUCAAGAGGUAAAAGAUUCAAAGGAGAAGGCAAUGGGUGUGCUUAAUUCAUACCGUUUGUCUGGUCCGCGUGAUGUUGUGCAUGAUAGCAAUUUGCAUUCUCAACAGACCACUGAAAUUGGCCCUCUACCGUUUGUCUCCCUACUGGAGUUUGUGAGCGAAAUUUACCAGAAGGAACCGGAGUUGUUGUCCGGCAAUGAUGUUUUAUGGACAUUUGUGAAUUUUGCUGGAGAGGAUCAUACUAAUUUCCAAACACUAGUGGCUUUCUUGAAAAUGCUAAGUACUUUGGCUUCUAGCCAAGAAGGCGCUUCAAAGGUUUAUGAACUACUUCAGGGCAAAGCAUUCCGCUCUGUUGGGUGGAACACUUUAUUUGAUUGCUUAACAAUCUAUGAUGAGAAAUUUAAACAAUCCCUUCAGACUGCUGGGGCUGUGUUACCCGAGUUUCAAGAGGGUGAUGCAAAAGCCCUUGUUGCGUAUUUGAGUGUUCUUCAGAAGGUUAUCGAAAAUGGACAUCCCAAUGAAAGAAAGAACUGGUUUCCUGAUAUUGAACCAUUAUUCAAGCUCCUUAGUUAUGAAAAUGUGCCUCCAUAUCUGAAGGGUGCUCUACGGAAUGCCAUAACCACUUUUGUUCAAGUCUCUCCAGUCCUAAAAGACGUUAUUUGGAGUUAUCUUGAGCUGUAUGAUUUGCCAUUAGUUGUUGGCACUCGUGUUGGAAACAGUGCAAAACCAAUGGCAGCUCAGGUUUACGAUAUGAGAUAUGAGUUGAAUGAAAUAGAAGCAAGAAUAGAGCGAUAUCCUUCAACAAUAUCUUUCCUUAAGCUGUUAAAUGCUCUUAUUGCUGAGGAAAAAGAUACAAGUGAUAGAGGGCGUAGAUUUAUAGGUAUCUUUAGGUUCAUAUAUGAUGAUGUGUUUGGGCUGUUUCCUCAGAGAGCCUAUGCAGAUUCUUGUGAGAAAUGGCAGUUAGUUGUUGCUUGUCUGCAGCAUUUUUAUAUGAUGUUGAGCAUGUAUAACAUCCAAGAUGAGGAUGUUGACAGUGUUGUUGACCAGUCACAGACACAAUCAUCUUCUCUUGAGAUGCAGCUUCCGGUCCUAGAGUUGCUAAAAGAUUUCAUGAGCGGGAAGACUGUUUUCCGCAAUCUUAUAUGUAUUCUUCUACCAGGGGUCAAUUCAAUCAUCACUGAACGGACCAAUGAAAUUCAUGGGCAACUUCUAGAAAAGGCUGUACAACUUUCUUUGGAAAUUAUAAUUCUAGUUUUGGAAAAGGAUUUACUUGUUUCUGAUUACUGGCGGCCUCUGUACCAGCCCUUGGACGUUAUACUAUCUCAAGAUCAUAAUCAAAUUGUGGCAUUGUUGGAGUAUGUCAGAUAUGAUUUUCUACCGCUAAUUCAGCAGUGCUCUAUCAAAAUCAUGUCGAUUCUGAGUUCUCGCAUGGUUGGGCUCAUACAGUUACUGUUAAAAUCCAAUGCUGCAAGCUGUUUGGUUGAGGAUUAUGCAGCCUGCCUUGAGCUACGUUCAGAAGAGUGCCAAAUUAUAGAGAACAGUGCUAAUGAUCCAGGGGUUUUGAUAAUGCAGCUUCUGAUAGAUAAUAUUGGUAGACCAGCUCCAAAUAUUACACAUUUACUGCUUAAGUUUGAUCUUGACACCCCAGUUGAGCGAACAGUUCUACAGCCAAAAUUUCACUACAGUUGCUUGAAGGUUAUUCUUGAAAUCUUGGAGAAACUUUUAAAGGCAGAUAUUAAUGCAUUACUCCAUGAGUUUGGUUUUCAGCUCCUUUAUGAGUUGUGCUUGGAUCCACUAACUUGUGGCCCUACCAUGGAUUUGCUGAGCAAUAAAAAGUAUCAAUUCUUUGUGAAGCACCUUGAAACCUUGGGUGUUGCUCCCCUUCCAAAAAGAAAUAGCAACCUGCCACUUCGCAUCAGUUCCCUUCACCAGAGAGCAUGGCUCUUAAAGCUCUUAGCUGUAGAGUUGCAUUCUGGCGAUAUGAGUACCCCUACUCACAGAGAAGCAUGUCAGAAUAUACUUGCUCAUCUUUUUGGAAGGGAAAUAAUUGAAAUUGGGUCUGAUCGAGUGGUUUCUGAUUCUUUCACUUUUCAAAAUGGCAUUGAACAUGCUGGAACCCAAGCGAUAAGCAAGAGUAAGGUGUUAGAGUUGCUUGAGGUAGUCCAGUUUAGAUAUCCAGAUACUAGUAUGAAGCUUUCUCAGAUUGUCUCUAAUGUGAAGUACGACUUGCUGGCAGAGGACAUACUUGGAGAUCCAGCUGCUUCUGGAAAGGGUGGUAUUUAUUACUAUUCAGAGCGCGGUGAUCGUCUGAUAGACCUAACUUCUUUCCAUGACAAACUUUGGCAGAAAUUCAAUUCAUUGUAUCCCCAAUUGAGUAACUUUGGCAGUGAAGCUGAGCUAAAUGAUCUAAGAGAGACAAUUCAACAGAUGUUGAGAUGGGGAUGGAAGUAUAAUAAGAACCUUGAGGAACAAGCUGCACAACUUCAUAUGUUGACUGGCUGGUCUCAGAUUGUUGAGGUCUCUGCUUCAAGAAGGAUGUCCUCUCUGGAAAAUAGAUCUGAAAUUUUAUAUCAGGUUCUUGAUGCCUCUUUGAGUGCUUCUGCUUCUCCAGACUGUUCAUUGAGGAUGGCAUUCAUUUUGAGUCAGGUUGCGCUUACAUGCAUGGCUAAACUUCGGGAUGAAAGAUUUAUAUGCCCUGGUGGUCUAAAUCCUGAUAGUAUCACAUGUCUUGAUAUUAUCAUGGUGAAGCAAUUAUCAAAUGGUGCUUGUCACUCUAUAUUGUUUAAGCUUGUAAUGGCAAUUCUGAGAAAUGAAUCAUCAGAGGCCUUGAGGAGACGCCAAUAUGCCUUGCUGCUUAGCUAUUUUCAGUAUUGUCAGCAUACACUUGAUCCAGAUGUUCCAACAACAGUUAUGCAGUUCUUAUUGCUUACUGAGCAAGAUAGUGAAGAUCUGGACCUCCGUAAGAUUAACAGAGAACAGGCUGAACUAGCUCAUGCAAUUUUUUCCAUAUUGAGAAAAGAAGCUCAGGCAAUCUUAGAUUUGGUAAUAAAGGAUGCAACUCAAGGUAGUGAACCUGGGAAGACAAUAGCACUCUAUGUUCUGGAUUCACUGAUUUGUAUUGAUCACGAGAGAUAUUUCUUUAGCCAACUUCAAAGUAGGGGAUUUUUGCGGUCUUGCCUGAUGAGCAUCAGCAAUGUUUCCUAUCAGGAUUUUAGGCAUUCCCUAGACUCUUUGCAACGAGCAUGCACUGUUGAGGCUGAACUGGCAUUACUGCUUAGAAUUAGCCAUAAGUAUGGAAAAUCUGGGGCACAAGUUUUAUUUUCAAUGGGUGUUUUGGAGCAUAUUGCCUCGUGCAAGGCAGUUAAUUUGCAGGGAAGUUUGAGACGGCUUGAUCCAAAGCUUCAACGAGAUGCGGCUGUGGAUAUUGACAAACAACGGAUGAUCACAACUCCAAUACUGAGAUUGGUGUUUUCAUUGACUUCAUUGGUUGAUACAUCUGAUAUUUUUGAGGUGAAGAACAAAAUUGUUCGUGAAGUUAUAGAUUUUGUCAAAGGACAACAAUUGUUAUUUGAUCAAAUUCUUCAGGAAGAUAUUUCUGAAGCUGAUGAUUUGACAAUGGAGCAGAUAAAUCUUCUUGUUGGCAUACUUAGCAAGGUAUGGCCUUAUGAGGAGAGUGAUGAGUUUGGUUUUGUUCAAGAGCUUUUCAGUAUGAUGCGUACUCUUUUCUCUUUUGAGUCAGAGACACUUACUUUAGGGAGAUCAGUGCAAUCUCCUGAGACUAAGAGAAAGUUAGAAUUGAACUCGUUUCGGUUGUGCUUCAGUCUGAGCUCUUAUCUAUAUUUUCUGGUCACAAAGAAAUCUUUGCGACUCCAGGUUUCGGACCACCCUAUUGAUUACCGUUCUCCUGCUGGGCUGCAGCAGCCCACAUUGACUUUACUUGGUUCUCUUCUUAGUUCUGUGACAAGUUCCCUUGAAAGAGCAGCGGAGGAAAAAUCUUUGCUACUUAAUAAGGUUCGAGAUAUAAAUGAGCUAUCAAGGCAGGAGGUGGAUGAAAUUAUCAGCAUGUGUAUUCGGAGAGAAUGUGUAUCAUCAUCAGAUGAUAUACAAAAAAGGAGGUAUAUCGCAAUGGUGGAAAUGUGCCAUGUGGCUGGCAAUAGAGAUCAGCUAAUUACCAUAUUACUUCCACUUGUGGAACAAUUGCUAAAUGUCAUUCUCAUUCACUUUCAAGACAGCUCUGUGACAUCUGAUGCUAAUGGAGCUAUGAAAGUGAUUACAUAUGGUGUGAAGUCUGACUCAGAACAGGACACAUCUUUAUUGUGUGGAAAACUGGUUCCAGCUUUAGAACGUCUUGAGCUAAUGAGUGAGGAUAAAGUUGGCCGCCCACUUAAGGUAUUUCUCAGAUUAGUGACAUCAGUCAAAGAAAUGGCAAUUCACAGGUGGUCCUUGUAAGAUAUUCUCAGGCAGUGAGGAUAUUUUAUGUUUUAGCUCAUGUAAAUUUUAGAUCAUAAGAGUAUUCAUGCUUCCAAGAAAACGUGUAAUAUCUGUCGUAUAAUCUUUAAACAAAUUCUCGUUGUAUCUUCUCAAGUUUUUAGCCUAGUUACAUUUUUUUUUUCCCUUUUCUAGAUUAUCCUCUGAAGUAAUAUUUUUGUUUUCA